GGGCGGGUGGGUGAGUGACGGUUGGAAAUCAAAUCUCUCGGCCGUUUAAUGGCGGUUUGUAACCGUUAAAAUUUUUUUUGUGUAUAUAUAUAUAUCUUUCUGACACGAGAGAGAGAGAGAGAGAGAGAAAGAGAGUCUGGUUCUCCGCCAACAGCGUAAGAGUUUGGAGCGACGGUCGGGGGGAGCUGGAGCCAGGAGGAGGCUUUGCCAUGUUGGCUGAAGAUCAGGCAAGGGAACUGCUAUCUUUCCUGUCGCUGGACACACGGGCCGACGUGAAGGGCCAGGCCACGGGGUACCUGCUUGGGCUCACCGGCAGCAAGGAUGGCUGCGAGUACUUGGGGCAGAGAGUGGACUUCCUGCGGGCGCUGCUGAGGCUAACCGAGGACCGCUCGCCUGCCGUGGUCAAGGAUUGCUACUUCGUCCUCGUCAACCUGUCCGCGGAGGAGUCUGCCCACGACGCGCUGGUGAAGGGAGCAGGGCUGCUUCCAGUCCUCCUGAAAAACUUACUGGACCCGGGCUACCAGUUUUCUGACCAGAUCUGUUCCAUUCUCUCCAAUCUCUCCCGGAGAGAGGCCACAUGUCCAGCGGUGUUGCGAGCCAUCCAGACCGAAGAGAUUGGUCUGGCCCGCAUCGUGGAGAUUUUUUGCACUGAGGGUUACAACAGGAAAGCUUCACUCCAUUACUUGGGUCCCCUGCUCUCCAAUCUCACCCAGUUACCAGAGGCCAGGCAUUUUGUCCUGGAUAAGGACAGGUGUGUGGUUCAGCGGCUCCUGCCCUAUACCCAGUUCCAGGACUCUACUGUGCGGAGAGGAGGUGUGGUGGGCACCCUCAGGAACUGCUGCUUUGACUAUUCCUACCACUCGUGGCUGUUGAGCGAUCAAGUGGACCUCCUGCCUUUCCUGCUGCUGCCGCUGGCAGGUCCUGAGGAAUUAAGCGAGGAUGAAAUGGAAGGGUUGCCUGUGGAUCUCCAGUAUCUGCCCGAGGACAAGCAGCGAGAGAAGGACCCAGAUAUCCGCAAAAUGCUCAUUGAGGCCAUUAACCUUUUGACGGCGACUAAAAGUGGGCGAGAGCAAGUGCGGGAGAGGAAUGCCUAUGUGGUGGUGCGGGAACUGCACAAGUGGGAGCCGGAGCCGGACGUUCAAGCAGCCUGUGAGAAGCUAGUGCAGGUGCUGAUAUCAGACGAGCCCGAGGAGGGGAUGGAGAAUCUCCUAGAGGUGGAAGUGCCAGAAGAGAUCGACGAGAAACUAAGGCAGCAGGAUGAGGAAGAGCAGCGGCUCAUCGAGAAGGAACGAGAGGAGCUUCUGAAGAAGGAAGAAGAGAAGGAGAAUGGGGAGAGAGCGCGAGGAGAAAGGCCAGCAGGACUGGGGAGAUAAUGCUGUGCUGUGCUGUGCUGAAAGACUAUACCAAGCUAUGAUACUGCUAAUCCCUUUAAUGUCAGGUCUCAGCUUGGCUCAGUUGGUCGUGCUCUUGUCACUGGGGUUAAAAAGUUGUGCGUUCAAGCCUCAUGCCAGCAGUUGAGCUCCAUCCAGCGCAGUAAAGGUGGAGCUCUGCAUCAGCACAGGUGCAAUCCUUCAGAUGAGCUGUUAAAACAGAUCUCAACUGUGCCUGUUCAGGUAGGACGGAAGUGAAAGAUCCCGCGGUGGUAUUCAAAAAAAAAAGAAGAGAGUUUGUCACAGUGUCCUGUCUGCUGUUCCUCCCGAUUAAUUUUGUCCACAAACUACACAAUUCACUUUACUAUAUAUCCUGUGAAGCGCUUUCAGACAUCUC